CUCGCAGGGUAGGUCACAGUUUUCACACUCUUAAUUUUCUCUUCGUACUGCUGUACGCGAUCACGGUUGGGAUGCUAACCUGCAGCAGAGAUUCUACUGGGAAAGACCUUUGAUCCGGUGAGCUCUGAUGUGUUCGCGAUGGGAAUGGCUCUGCUUCACUUGACUUUCGAUAGCAUGUCUACUAAAGACUUUCGUAUGCUGGCGUGGAGAACAGUGGUCGAUGCCGCCAAGCCAUCCAAGGUCAAACAAGCUUUAGUAGACUUGUUUGGUAGUGAUGUGAAUGAGCUUCCGCUAGAUCUGUUUGCAAGAGCGUUAUGCGAGCAAGAGGGGCAUGACGAAGGAGAGUGGAAGCGUCGUAUAACGGCGGAGGAGCUUUUGACGGAGCUAAGAGCGAUGAUAGACGGGGGACUGUGGUGAUUCAAUUGGUGCAUAGAUUAUACUGAGUAGUAACUACAAUCUGUAGAAUCCGGAUAUAUGUUUGCUUCGUUUGAGAGGGAAAGGCUCGACCUCGGCAUUUCCUAAUCGGGCGACUAGCCAGAAUGCGUACCGCAGUAUAGGUGCAGGUGCGUCAUGAUAUACUCGUAGUCCCAAAGUCUGUGCCUCUGUACCUUGGGAUGAGAAAGGUA